CUCUCUCUCUCUCGCUAUCCCAAAUGAUGUGUUUUCUCCCACCAACCACCAUUACUUCAUUGCUUUGCAUCACAGUGCAAAAGGCAUAAACUUUGUUGGGUUGGGUUGUGCCUCGCUGAAUCGAUCUCUCUUUCUUUUCGUUUCUCCCCCAUUUUGUUUUCCUUCUCCCUUACGCCUUUCCUUUUACCCCAUUCUUUCCACUGCCGAUAAAAGUGGGGGAAAACUGGCUUGUGAACUAAUCUAUCCCAGCUGCCUGCUGUGAAAAGGAGAAAGAAGCGGGGAAAAAGGGAACAACUUUUGUUUACUCAUUCUUGAUUGCUACGCGGGUUUGCUUGUUUGUGGUGCAAAGUUUGGAGCUUUACAACGAGCUGAAAUGACCCAUUGGAGCUGGAGGAGACUGGUGCUUGUGGUUUUGAGAUUGAAGUGAAGCAAAGGGGCUUUUCUGGGUUCUUUCUGAGUUUUCUACGCCAUGAAUACUGGCGGAAGACUCAUUGCUGGUUCUCACAACAGGAAUGAGUUCAUUCUCAUCAAUGCCGAUGAGACUGCAAGAAUUCGAUCGGUGCAAGAAUUGAGUGGCCAAGUGUGCCAGAUAUGUGGUGAUGAGAUCGAGAUCACAGUGGACGGAGAGAUAUUCGUUGCAUGCAACGAAUGUGCUUUUCCCGUGUGCAGACAUUGUUACGAGUACGAGAGACGAGAGGGCAACCAGGCUUGUCCUCAGUGUAAAACCAGAUAUAAGCGUCUCAAAGGUAGUCCUAGGGUCGAUGGUGACGAGGAAGAAGAUGGUGUCGACGAUCUGGAGCACGAAUUUGAUUAUGGGGGCUUUGACGGUUGGGGUCCAGAACAAGUUGCAGAAGCAAUGUUUGCUUCAAGACUCAAUACUGGCCGUGGGUCCCACCUUAACGAUGCCUCUGGAGUUUCUGCACAAUCAGAACUCAAUGCUUCACCACUAGACUCUACAAUUCCUCUGCUCACCUAUCGCAAUGAGGAUGUUUAUAUCACUUCUGAUGAUCAUGCUCUUAUUGUUUCCCCUCGGUCGAGUCAUGGAAAUAGAGUUCAUCCGAUGCCUUUUCCAGAUCCAUCUACACCACUGCAACCCAGACCUAUGGUUCCACAGAAGGACAUAGCUGUAUAUGGCUAUGGAAGUGUCGCGUGGAAGGAUAGAAUGGAAGAGUGGAAGAGAAGGCAAAGCGACAGACUUCAGGUGGUCAAGCAUGAGGGAGGAAAUGGUGGUGGAAACUUCAAUAGUGAUGAACUUGAUGACCCUGAUUUGCCCAUGAUGGACGAGGGCAGGCAGCCGCUUUCGAGGAAGUUACCUGUUCCUUCAAGCAAGAUAAACCCAUAUAGACUUGUGAUUAUCAUCCGUCUCGUGAUCGUGGGGCUGUUCUUCCACUACAGAAUUCUUCACCCCGUCAAAGAUGCAUUUGGAUUGUGGCUAACAUCAGUCAUAUGUGAAAUAUGGUUUGCCUUAUCAUGGAUUCUUGACCAGUUCCCAAAAAUGUACCCCAUAGAACGAGAAACAUACCUCGAUCGACUGUCACUAAGGUAUGAAAAAGAAGGCAAACCAUCGGAGCUAGCUAGCAUAGAUGUAUUUGUUAGCACGGUGGACCCCAUGAAAGAACCCCCAUUAAUAACUGCAAAUACCGUUCUCUCUAUUCUUGCUGUGGACUACCCUGUUGAUAAGGUCUCUUGUUAUGUCUCUGACGAUGGUGCCGCUAUGCUCACCUUUGAAGCUCUCUCGGAGACAUCUGAAUUCGCUAGGAAAUGGGUUCCUUUCUGUAAGAAGUUCAAUAUAGAGCCCCGAGCACCUGAGUGGUACUUCUCCCAGAAGAUUGAUUACUUGAAGAAUAAGGUCCAUCCCUCAUUCGUUAGGGAACGACGUGCUAUGAAGAGGGAUUACGAAGAGUUUAAAGUUAGGAUCAAUGGAUUGGUUUCGACAGCACAAAAGGUUCCGGAAGAUGGUUGGACAAUGCAAGAUGGAACUCCAUGGCCUGGCAACAAUGUGCGGGAUCAUCCUGGCAUGAUUCAGGUAUUCCUUGGACAGAGUGGUGUCCGUGACGUUGAAGGAGAUGAGUUGCCUCGUUUAGUUUACGUUUCUCGUGAGAAGAGACCAGGGUUUGACCAUCACAAAAAGGCCGGGGCUAUGAAUGCACUGAUACGAGUUUCAGCAGUGCUGUCAAACGCUCCUUACAUGCUCAACGUCGAUUGUGAUCAUUACAUCAAUAACAGCAAGGCUCUUAGAGAAGCCAUGUGUUUCAUGAUGGACCCAACUUCAGGGAAGAAAGUCUGCUACGUGCAGUUCCCUCAGAGAUUCGAUGGGAUUGAUCGACACGAUAGAUACUCUAAUAGGAAUGUCGUCUUUUUUGAUAUCAACAUGAAAGGCCUGGAUGGUUUACAAGGACCAAUUUACGUCGGUACUGGCUGUGUCUUUCGGAGGCAAGCUCUUUACGGUUAUGAUGCACCCGUCAAGAAGAAGCCUCCAGGGAAGACCUGCAACUGCUGGCCUAGAUGGUGCUGCCUGUGCUGUGGUCCGAGAAAGAACACGAAAUCAAGUGCCAAGAAGAGCAAGAAGAAAUCAAAGGGCAGGGAAUCGUCGAAUCAAGUCCAUGCUCUUGAAAAUAUUGAAGGACAGAAUGAGUUGAUUACCAAGAAGUCUUCUGAAGCACCUCAGACCAAAUUGGAGAAGAAAUUUGGGCAGUCGCCGGUAUUUAUAGCCUCUGCACGUCUUGAAGACGGUGGAGUUCCAAGGGAUGCCAAUCCUGCUGCCUUGCUGAGAGAAGCCAUUCAGGUUAUCAGUUGUGGUUAUGAAGACAAAACAGAAUGGGGCAAAGAAGUGGGGUGGAUCUAUGGCUCAGUUACGGAGGACAUUCUGACAGGGUUCAAGAUGCAUUGCCACGGAUGGCGAUCUGUAUAUUGCAUGCCUAAAAGACCGGCAUUCAAAGGAUCGGCUCCUAUUAACCUGUCCGAUCGUCUGCACCAAGUUCUUCGAUGGGCAUUGGGGUCAGUAGAGAUUCUCUUGAGCAGACAUUGCCCGCUAUGGUAUGGAUAUGGUGGUGGGUUGAAGUCGCUGGAGCGAUUUUCAUACAUAAACUCCGUCGUCUAUCCUUUGACCUCCAUUCCCUUACUGGCUUACUGCACAUUGCCAGCGAUCUGUCUUCUCACUGGCAAGUUCAUUGUCCCUCAGAUUAGCAACUAUGCCAGCGUACUGUUCAUGCUACUCUUCGUAUCAAUCGCUGCUACGAGUCUCCUCGAGAUGCAGUGGGGUGGUGUUGGGCUCGAUGAUAUAUGGCGAAAUGAGCAGUUCUGGGUGAUUGGUGGUGUCUCAUCCCACCUCUUCGCCCUCUUCCAGGGUCUCCUCAAGGUCUUGGCCGGUGUGAACACCAACUUCACUGUGACUUCGAAGGCAGCCGAUGAUGGAGAGUUCUCGGACCUCUAUAUCUUCAAGUGGACUUCCCUCCUCAUCCCUCCAACGACACUGUUGAUUAUGAACAUCGUUGGAGUUGUGGUCGGGAUCUCUGAUGCAAUCAACAAUGGCUACGACUCAUGGGGUCCACUGUUCGGUAGGCUGUUCUUCGCUAUAUGGGUGAUCGUCCAUCUUUACCCUUUCCUUAAGGGGUUGCUAGGGAAGCAGGACAGGAUGCCAACGAUCAUUCUGGUGUGGUCGAUUCUCCUAUCGUCGAUAUUGACCUUGCUUUGGGUGAGAGUCAACCCAUUCGUGUCGAGAGACGGUCCUGUGUUGGAGGUCUGUGGGUUGAACUGUGACUGAAUAAAGAACCACAACAAUGGUGACUGGAUAUUACCAUGCCAGUGUGUAGAAGGUUGUUGUGAAUGGGAAUUUUUGGUAUGUAGACAGUUAGGGUUUUGGGGGGUGUAGAUAUUUGUAGGGCAAGAAGACAUUGGUCGUUUCUUUUUCUUUUCUGGGUAGUUAAUUCUUUAAUUUAAUUGUUAGCUUGGGAGAGGGUUGUGAGUUGUGAGUAUUGAUUGAAGGAUUUUUGUGAAUCCUAAGAGUUGAAUACACCCUUGUGGUAACAUAAAUUCAAUACAAAAAUGCCCGAAACUACAAAUAUUGGGUUCUUUUUGGAAACUAUAACUAGCGAUUCAUCUUUAUUUCUUUGUUCACAAAUGUAAAAUCUUUUGAGGUAUUGAAGGGAAUUGAAUCUGUACAAUGAUUCGGUUCAAUCUUGGUCGUAUUAGACCGAUUUGGGUCACAGUCUAGAUCGAAUGGUUGCUCAUGCUUAGCAAUCUGUACAAGCAAGAUUCAGUAUCUGAUAUUUGUUGAAAGAAUUACAUGAAAGUCAAGAGAAGCCAACCAACAAAAAGGUCCAAUUUGUUAACCAGCUUCUGGAGGAGCUGACAUUUAUUGAGGCAGGUUUUCCAAGCUUGAUCUGAAAAACAAACCAUGACUAACUCAGCAGCCCCUCGGGCUUCAAUGAAUAUAAAGUUGUUCAAUCAAGCAUCAAGCUUCAGCAAACAUCAAUGGUGGUUGAUAAAGAUAAACAUAAAACAAGGAGUUGAUAUGCCAGGAAUGGCUGCAACUGUACCUUUUCGGCUUCAUAGAUAAAGUAGUUCAUCAAGUCUGUAUGGCUAUAUGACCAAAGAAAGGCAGAGGGAAAAGCUUCAAUCUAUAUCAAGGAUUUAUGAUUUUUCGACUUUCGAGGUUGAACAAAUUUGCAUUCGUAUAAUCCCAAUUUGCAGUGACUUGCAUCAUACUCUGCUAUUGCACCUCUGCCAGUCGGAACAAUAAAUCCAAUGUAGGGCUUGAACAAGAUUUUGAUCAGAGCCUACACUCAUCAGCUCCACGUCCACGUGUAAUACCUCCAAGGGUUCAACGAUCCUAUCAAACUCAAGGUGCGACUUAUCUCCAGAAAGAAAAACACUUCCACCGUCGUUCAUCUCAAUCCAACUGCACCCAGGUUGUUUCUUGACUCCAUUUUUCUUCAUUUGGGUCAAAACUCUCUCCACCUCGUUCAACCUUCCAACGCUAGCAUAUAUCUCUGCCAAAAUCAUGUACGUGCCAGACCUAUUUGGUUCAAUCGCCAACACAUUCUCAGCAGCAACUGCACCAACUUCAACAUUUCUGUGAACUCUACAAGCUCCAAGUAUAGCUCCCCAGACACUAACGGGAACUUCAAGCCCAUCAGCUCUCAUUUGGUCUAUAAAACUCAUAGCUUCAUCAAUCAGCCCAAACCUUCCAAAUAGAUCCACGAUACAAGUGUAAUGUCCGGCUGUUGGCUGCAGAAAGCACUCGUCUUUCAUAUAAUCGAAGUAGUAUUUACCUUUUUCCACCAAUCCUGCAUGGCUACAAGCAGACAGAACGGCAAUAAAGGUUAACUCAUUAGGCUUCACAUCGCUAAAUCUCAUUUCUUCGAACAUCUCAAGGGCUUGUGGUCCAAGACCAUGGUGGGAAAAUCCAGAGAUGAUCGAGUUCCAAGAAAUGACGUUAUGGGUAGGCAUGGAGGAGAAGCAACGCAAAGCAGAGGUCAUAUUCCCACAUCUGGCAUACAUAGUGAUCAUUGCAUUGCAUACCUCGAUAGUGUGAUUUAGUGCCGUCUUGAUACUCUGUGCACAUACUUGUUCGCCUAGGCAUAAGGCUGGUAACUCUGAACAAAUUGUCAAGAUGCUAGUGAAAGUAGCCUUAUCAGGUGAUAACUCUGAUUCUUUCAUCAUCAUAAACAAUUUGACGCCUUCUUCCUUAAGAUCAUUUUCUCCUAGUCCACAUAUCAUCACAUUGCAUAACGUUACAUCUAGACUACGCAUCGAGUAAAACAGGCUAACUGCAGCUCCUACUUCACCUGCCCUGAAGUAUCCGACGAUUAUGUUAGUCCAUGACACAAUGUCGCCAUAUGGAAGCUUUUCGAGGAGGGCAUGAACUGGUUUAGGUGCUCCAUUUUCCAUUAAUUUCAGCAGCAGCAAGUUCCACGUAGUGUGACAUUUCUCAGGUGCUUCCAAAUAGAGGCUAAGAGCAUCACUGAGUCUUCCACAAGUGACUAACCCAUUUAUCAAUUGCCUCCAAGAAUCAUAGUCUUUUUGUUCUGCCUUGUGAAACAAGUUUUCUGCCCGGCCCAGCUCCCCGAUUCUGAUAUAUGCAGCAAUCAAGGAAUUGGAAGCAUGAGAGUCUUUGAGCGGCAUCUGCUCGUACAACUCAUGAGCUUCAACAAGACGCCCUUCCUUAGCCAAGCCAGAAACCAUAACUAUCCAAGACACUGUGUCUCUCCCUCUCAUCCCGAGAGGCAUUUCAUGAAACAAUUGCAUCGCCUCGUCGAUCAUUCCUUUGUGAACAUAACCGGCAAUGAUGGAGUUCCAGGUAACUACAUCUCUAGAGUCCAUCUUAUCGAAGACCUUCCUAGCACCAAACAGAUCACCGCUCUGGACCAGCCCGGAGAUCAUUGUGUUGUAUGUAUAGAUAUCAGGAUUGGGAAUGGAACCCAACAACCCGAAGGCUUUUUCCUUCUGUCCAUUCUUGAAAUAGCCGUUUAUCAUGGUGUUCCAAGUCACAACAUUUCGAUCAGGCAUUUCGUCGAACAAAUUCUCUGCUUCCUCGACCAGGCCACCUCUCAUGAAGCCAGAGAGCUUGGAGUUGAGAAGCUUGAGAUAAGGGAGGGCUGAAGAGAGUUGGCAUUGAGUGGAUAAUGUUUGAGUUGAGAAACAGAGCGAACUAUUAAGGUUGAGAGAGACAGUUCGCGUGCGCUUGAGCAGGUGAACGCACCAAGAAGCAGUGAACAUACUCUAAUUUGUUCGUAAAAGUUUAGAAUCUGCCAGCACGAGCAAGAACUGAAACCAUCCCAAAUACACGAUAGUUCACCAUAUCAUGGCUUAAGAACGCAGUGCGCAAAUCAUCAACCUUUGACCUUUCCCAUUCCAGUCAAGACGCUCCAUUCAGAUUCACCAUUUCAGUCAAUUCCACGUACGAAACAAGAAGCACGUAAAGCUGCUGAUCCGAAGAGAAAGCAAUGAACUUGGCUGUGAAUUUCUCCUGUUAGCCCAAGAUGAACCGCAUACAGGCGAAAAACCAGCCAAGAUAAGCGAAAGAAGAAUAGUGUUCCUCGCUUUUGAUUGGCCCGCAGCUGAAGCACUAACGGGUAAAGAGCGUAAAAAUCCCCAGAAGUCUAAAUUUGUUUCCCAUUUGGUCUUCAAAAGUUUUCCGGGUCUGGGGUGGAAUUGAUGAACUAGUGGCGGCUUGCUGGCGGAAGUCGGAAAGGAGCUUCGCGCCGGCGGCAAUGGAGCGGCGGGAUCGUUUUUUGCCCCCUUUUGAUUGGCGAUGGAAUCGACUUUUAGGGAUUGAAAAUUUGAAAUU